AUGGCGGCCAAGGACGAAACCAAACCUGAUGUCGAACUCCAGGAGGAGUCACACCUCCGCGUGUCUUCGGAUGGCAAGGUCUCUCUGAGCAAAGUCGCCGUUCAGGUGGCUCCGGCCAUCGCUCAGUUCUCCGAGCAAGAGCAACGAAAGAUUGUGCGACGCAUCGACAUUCGCAUCAUUCCGAUCUUGAGCGCGGUCUACACUGUCGCCCUCAUCGACAGAGCGAAUUUGGGUAUCGCCAGUAUCGCUGGAAUGGGUGAAGACCUCGAACUCAGUGUCGGCAUGCGAUACUCGAUCGCCACACUCGCUAUGUUUGUGACAUACAUUAUUUUUGAGUUGCCCUCGACGGUCCUGCUCCGUGUGAUGGGCCCUCGCAUUGUCCUGUCCUUCGUUACAAUGAGCUGGUGUGUCACAUUGAUCGGUUUCGGGUUUGUCAAGAACUGGCACGCACUGACCGGCAUGAGAGCUCUCCUGAUUGUGGCGUUGCUCUCCCUCAAGCUCUGGAGAGCCAACAAGGGUCAGGCAAUGGGCACAGUCAUUAUCGAGGGACAAGAGGGUUUCAGGUAUACCCUAUAG